UUUUAUUUCAUUUUCCCUUUUCAAUAAACUAUUAGACCGCCAGUUACCAGUAAAGCCUAUCAGCGGCGCCUCCUUCUCUUUCUGUUCACCGCCGUAGACAUUCCAGUUAAUCGCCGCCCGUUCUCCGAUUUGAGAUCUUUGAUCAAUUUCACCAGCUGAGAUGUCACAGCGAGGUGUUUGGCAGCUUCGGAAGUUGACAGUGAGCUACUGUAAUUGGGGUGGAAGUAGCAGGGGGAUUAGGGCAUUUAUGGAGUCGCAGUUGGCAGCAUUUAAAGAAAGCAAUCCUCAGCUAGAGGUGGUUACGGAGCUUAGCCGAGGUCAACAUCCAUUUCUGAAGGGAGCAUACAAGAACAAGAAUGAGCGGGUUGUAUCUGUGAUGAACAUGAGUCCAGAAGAAGUGCUGCUGUGUGCAACCAGGCUUAGAAAUUCACUUGGAAGAAAGGUGGUGAAGCUCAAGACCAGACAUGUCACCAAACACCCCAGCGUACAAGGAACCUGGACAACAGACUUGCAGAUCUGAUCUGCUGCUACAUUUCUUUUAUAAAAACUACACUACAUGUAUUAACUCUCAAUUUGGCAUCAUUAACAAAAACUUAACCACUUACCGGCUUCUCAACUCUAUAAAAUCAGAUACUAUUAUUUUA